UUGAUGCUGCUUGCAUCUGGCGGUGUACUGGUGUUCAGCAUGUUUUCUGACGGUUGCCACUGCAGCUGCCGCGUAGUUGCAGAGUAUCUCGGCCCUUUCGCGGACCAGACCACCACGUGCUACCUCGUCAAUCAGACUUUCGGUGGUGUCGAGGGCGCCCUAGUGUUGACCUUCCUGCUUGGCACUGUCUUCGGCAGUGCGUGCUCGUGCUGCUGGUGCGCGUGUCUCGCAGGCGAGUCCUGGCAAGCUGGCGUGCUGUUGCGAUGCGGCGCCGACGAGUGCGAGACUGAGAUUGGCAUGCGUCCGACAGCGAACCAAGUCCUGGCGAAUCAAGCCUGGUACGCAUCGGCUCCCGACCUCGACGUGUACCCCCACUUGCUGCGUUGCCCGCCAUUGAGCGGGAUCGUGCUGACAGACAACUCGGGCCUGCCGUUGCGAGAGUCGAGGAGUGGAACACAGUGGACGGUUCGGAGUGUGGUGUGCGGCGACCAGUGGGGGCCGGCAACGCUCGAGCUCGCAGAGGCGUUGAGCUUCGUGGGGGCCCCGACGCCGAACCCAGCCAGCGGGACAGCGCCCGCGGUGCCAGCGCCUACCCGCCGCCUCCGCUGCAAGCAGGAGGCGCAGGCGCUCCAGGGAAAGAGGAAGGUCAAGGAGGAGAGGCCGUUGGCGCGGCCAGACUCUGGCUCGGGCGGCGCAGGCGGCGACAGCAGGGUUGGGUUGCAGAAGAAGGCGCAGCAGCAGGCCGAGAAGGGCGACGAGGGCGACAAGACCCGCGCCGCCGACGGACUGGUCUCCACGGACCUGAGCCGCAGCGUUGCGUUCGCUCUCGAGCUCGCCGGCGUGGGCACGAGCAGCAGUGGACAUGUGGUUCACUUCCCCACGUUGCAGAAGCUGCGUCCUGAGCUGGAGGUCGAGAUGGACAGCGUCGAGCCCACGAUCGCGGCGCGCGUUGCCAGCGUCGCCGCCGUCGGCGCCGACUGCGCCACUUGCGCUGCCAUCUGCGCCGACAGCGCGGCCGACGUCGAGCAGCGACGGCUGAACUGCAAGGGCGUCGUGGGGCCCGCCGCCCUGCAGCAAUUCGCGGGCCUGGUCAUGGACGCCUCGGACAAGGACUCCUGCACCAGGGGCGAGCUGCCGCGCGCCAUUGGCCGCUUCACCUGGGCCGUGGUGGCUGGGAGGGGCCUCCUCUCCAUCGCGCAGUCCCGUUGCGCCUUCUGCCAUCGGAGCGGUAGCCGGCGGCGCCGUCUGAGGUCUCGCGCUCGGCAGGAGCUGCAUUGGGCUUCCUCUGUCGCCUUCUUCGCGGGCGCGAGAGCGGCCGCCGACCAGCGGGUCUUGGCUAUUGGCGCCUCGUGCGCCGGUGACAACAACGACUUCGGAGGCUUUGGCGCGGUCGAGCGCGGCGGCCCACCUGCGCUUGCCGAGAGUGCCAGUGGGCGCUCGGAGAAGUGGCGCUUUGCCGUGCUUGAGGCCAUCGCCGCUCGCCAGCUGGCCUUGGGGUCAGACGCCCCCGCCACGGCCGCCGAGCGUCGCUGCCUUCGGCGCGGCCGCUCUCCCUUCCAGCCGGCCCCGAGCGAGCCGAUCGCCAACGAGCAAGAUUGGCAGCGCUUCGUCAGAGGGCGUCUCAAUCGACCAGAUGGUAUCAUGGCACUCGAGAGGUCGGCGGCCCAGCCGCGUCGGAGUGCUUGCUGCUCCGAGUCAGGCGCCGCGGGUGGCGAGUGGGCGGUGCCGCGCGAGGAGCUGCAUGCCGUCUGCCGGGCGAACCAGCUGUCUCUGACUUCCGCGGGGAGCGCGGGCGCGGCCGCCAGCCGCUACCUCGAUGGCCUCUUCCUGGGCGGGUGCAACCGCGACGAGGGGGGGGAGGCCAUCGCCGCGGCCAGGCACUUCAGCCCGGUCUUGCCGCUGGGCGACUCCCGCUCGAUGCCGCGGACCUGCGCCGCCGCGCGAGGGUUUAGACAGCCGGCGCCGGGUCGGACGCGGCAGCCGGCCGCUGCCCAGGGAGUGCGAAGCAAGACCGGCGACUUCGACGAGGGCGCGCCCCUCAGCAGCGCGAUGUCCAGAGCGGCAGGAGAGUCUCUGGGGCGUCUACGUGCGACGCGGGCGCCCGCCGAGCGGCCGUGGACCUUCGACGGCGGCCAGUUCCAGAGAGCGUUCGAGCAGGUCUUCCUCUCCCUCGGGCUGCCAGGCGCCCGCCCGUGCGGUCGUUACGCGCGGUACUUCGCAGAGCUUGCCAAGGCGCCGCAGCCGUUGGCGGGGCGCGGCGAGAUGAUCGAGCGUCGCCUGGCCGACCUGCCGAUCGGCCGCUGGACAGCGCCGUUGCCUCCCGGAAUCGCGUCUGGCUCGCGGGCGACGCCGGCCAGGCGCCUUUCUUGCGUCACCGCGCUCGACCUGGAGUACGGCGAGCCGGGGCCGAUACCGCACUGCCGA